GAGGUCGUGGUAGGCUGUCGGUGUCCAGGUUGGUUAAGAGACGAAAUAUCAUUCUUUUACAAUACACGGUCUGUACUUUUUUGUGUGCUCGUAUGGGAAAAGCGCUUGGUUUUCCUUUAUCUUGAUGAUUGAGUUGAUGGAAUUUCACCCUCUUUAAUUCUUUUAAACAUAAGGUCUUCAAAAUGUCACAAAAGUAUUUGAGUCCAUAUGAACACACAUGUCUUCGGUGUGAGCAGACUGUCUACCAGGUGGACAAAGUCGGACCUCUGAAAGAUUUCUCUUUUUUCCAUCAGGGUUGUUUCAAGUGUUUGGUUUGUGGCUCCAAGCUGACUCUCAGGACUUACUACAACAACCAACAAAAUCAGGAUGACAAGGAAGUGUACUGUCAGAACCACGUCCCGAAGACGGGCCCAGGUACCUUGGACGGAAUGUCCGUGGGGAUAAAGUCGGCGCUCGCCGCACCCCGUACGAACCACCUUGUAAAUGACCAGAUUCGUGGAUCUGGCAAGGGAACGUUCGAUGUAGAUGCUAUAGGUAUUAAGACAGCCCUCUCGUCCCCUAGACCGUACGAAACUGAUAGUAGAAAUCGGGAGAGUCUGGCCGGGAAGUUUGACGCUAGUGCCCUUCACAUUGCCCACGGGAUUAAGGCUACCAAACUUCAGCAACAAUAUCGUAUCCAAUAUGCAGAACGGACAAUGGACGAAUAUCUGGACGAAGACACCCAGAGAUCUCUGGAAAUGAGACAUCGUGCCGAAGAAGAUGACCUCUACCGGCAGUUUGCAAAGAAACGAACAGAAGAAGAAACGAACGUUAAUCAACAGAUUAAAGAAGAGUGGGAAAAAGAAUUGGAGAGGUUAACAUCGAGAUUCCAACAUCAGAUGAAUAUUAGGAGAAAAAAGAUCACCACAGACGAAGAAAAAGUUCUCACUGUCCGACACCAGAAGGAACGAAAGAACCUAGAGAAAAAUAUGACUGUCAAAAUGGAUAAGAAAAAAGAGUCGUUGACGAGGAAACUUUUAGAGCAAGAGCGCAUCGCUACUGCGGAGCUGGUGGAAAAACACAGUCAGGAGAUGUUGGAUUUGAUCAAUGAGAAACGACAUGAAUUAGCAAGGCUGGAGGGUGUGUAUGAUUAUGAUGAUAAGGAUGGAUAUGUAUCUGAAGAGUUGGUUCCUUAUCCGACGCACCCUCCACCCCCAAUUCCACCAUUAACAGAUAAAGUAGAGAUCUACAGCGACCCGAGAGUUUUUUCAGAAUUGGACCAAGUUGCCAUAAACGUGGCGCAAGAAGAUCAAGUGACCUUCACAGAACUUGUUAGACUUUUAAUCAGAGAUUGUCGCUCAGAUGUUGAGAAAGCCAGAGCUCUGUUUCGUUGGAUCACGGUGAAAAACCUGAACAAUAUGACUUUUGAUGACAACCUUAACGCUGAUACCCCCAUGGGCAUCUUACGAGGAAUCAAACAUGGAACAGAAAGUUAUCAUGUGCUGUUUAAACGUCUUUGUAGUUACGCAGGCUUACAUUGCGUGGUCGUCAAAGGUUACUCAAAAAGUGCUGGAUACCAACCUGGUGUUAAGUUUGAAGACAACCGCUUUAGGAACUCUUGGAAUGCUGUCUAUGUUGCUGGAGCUUGGCGCUUCGUGCAGUGUAACUGGGGUGCGCGCCAUCUGGUAAACGCCAAGGAAGUACCAAAACCAGGAAACAAAAGCAAGUCUGACAAUUUACGUUACGAGUAUGACGACCAUUAUUUCUUAACUGACUCUAAAGAGUUCAUUUACGAAUUCUUCCCUCUUCAAGUAGAGUGGCAACUUUUGAAGAAUCCUUUAUCUCUACGGGAUUUUGAAGAACUGCCAUUUGUCCGAUCUCUUUUCUUCCGUUAUAGACUCUACUUUCCUGAUGAGAAAAACAAAGCUGUUCUUUACACAGACAGUACUGGUGCUGCCACCAUACAGAUUGGUAUGCCUAUUAAGAUGACUUCUUGCCUAAUCUUCCAUUACAAUUUAAAAAUAUUCGGAAGUGAUGUUGACUCUCAUGAGGGUGUUAGCCUCAAACGGUUUGUGAUGCAGUCAGUUGUUGAUAACAUCGUCUCCAUAAGAGUUCAUGCAGCCUGUAAUAACUCAUUCCUGUUGGAUGUUUUUGCCAAUGUCGUUACGCCACAAGAAUAUCUUACAGGAGAACCAAUGAAAUUCAAGAGCGUCGGUAAGUUCAAGAUAAUUUGCGAGGAUCUGCAAACCGUAAUGGUUCCUUUACCGGAUUGCGCUAGUGGAGAAUGGGGUCCAAUGAAAGCCAUACGGUUGUUCGGCUUGAUUCCAAUGACCCAUAAAGAUGCCUUGUUGUUCUCGUCAAGGGAAUUGGAAGUCCAGUUCCGCAUGUCGCGCCCUUUGGCAGAUUUCAUGGCAACGUUACACAAAAAUGGAAUUGAUGAAAAAAAAUUGUCUAAGUGUGUUUCUCAUAGUGUCGACGAUGAUUUUGUCUCUUUCCAUGUAUCUUUUCCAGAAGAUGGCCAGUAUGGAAUGGACAUUUACACUCGUAAUUUAACCAGCAACUUGCCAUCUUCUGAUAAACAGUUGUUAACCCAUUGUUGUAAAUACCUAAUUAAUGUGUCUAAAAGAAAUUAAUAUCCUAUUUCAACAAAUAUGUUUAAAUACAGAGAAUCGCCCGCCACGAAUUUUGUCAGAGGAACAAAAAUAUCAUAACUAAAGAAGUGUUACUGAAUAUUUCUAAGAACUGGAUCUAGCAUUGUUGAUAUAGUUUAUUUUGAAGACAAAUAACAAGUGUAACAACAUUGUUAGUUCUGAAAUGAACAUAGAACAUUGUGAAUAACCAAAAAUUUAGAGUUACAAACCAUCCAAACAAUAAGUGAAGCGGUAAAGUCAUACGAGACGGGUAGACUUGGAGUAGUAAUUUUUAUUUUGUAACGUAUAAACUUAAGAAUGGUUUCAUAGUAAUCUAUGUGAUACGUUAUAUACAAGGCCAAAGAAAGAAUAAUACCUGUACUCCAAACUACCACCCAAAAACAGAUAUUUAAGAGCACCUGAAGACUUUCCUUACACGACUGCGUAAGUGCUGGGAAGAUGAAUCGUAUUUUUUAUAGUAUGAUACCAAAACAGAAAAACGAGUAAAUCUUCACAUCUGAUUAAAAUUUUUUUAGCAAUUCAUUUCUUUCAUAAAUGUUUUUA